AUGACUAACGUGAAUGAUACUGGUCGAAGGAAUGCGAAAGCGCAAAAGAGGCAAGGAAACGCUAUGCUUCAGACAUAUUCAAAGCGGAAGAAAUUGAAAAGCGAAGAAACGAACAAGGAGGAAUCAAUGUUUAACGAUACAGAAGAUUUAACACUCUCCAGCCACAAGAAACAACUAAUUGAACUUGCUGAUAGUGAUCCAAAAUUUUACAAAUUUCUAAAAGAACAGGAAUCUGACUUAUUACAGUUUGAUGAGUCGGAUUCUGAUGUGGAAGAAGAUCCACAUUAUGAAGAAGCAAUUAGUGAAGGUGAAAGAUCCGAAAAGGACAAACACCUAAAGAGAGAUUCAGCAGGACGGAAAGUAAUCGAUGUGGAUUUUGUAACUAAUUUACAAAAUGCACUUCUGCAAAAGGAGCAAUUGGAACUACCAGUAAUUCAUCAGAUGGUUGCUGCAUUUACGGCUUGCGUGGCACGUGUUGGUGCCGAUAUUGAACCACCAAGAUAUGUGAUUAACGAUAGUGAUGUGUUUGAAAGAGUUGUACGGUUAUGCUUCACCUAUCUAGGCAAAUGUUUGCUUAAAUUAAUAGAUCAUAUCAAGACCGAAGCAGAUGAUGAAGAACCAGAUUCAAAGUUCAAAAAAAAUGAGAAGUAUAAGAAAAAGCAAUACCGAUGCUGGAAAAAGCACGGUAGUUUAAUUAAAAGCUAUCUUCAUGCUCUCUUACAGUUUCUGAACGAAAUCCAGACACCAAGUGUUACUGUAUGUACAUUGCGUGCAGUCACUGAUUUGCUCGAAUUAUACAUUCAUUUCCCAAAACUUACUCGAAGUCUUACAAAGACAACUAUUAAAAUUUGGAGUCGCCGUACGGACGAAUGUCGUAUUGCUGCUUUUGUAGUUCUGUCUAAACUAAUUAAAAUACAUAAAAAUACUUUUCCUGCAAUAAUCAAGCGAUGUUAUUUGGAAUAUGUAAUGAAUGUUCGAGAUGUAAAAGCAGAAUCGUGGUUUUUGAUUGUACUUAUGCAAAAAUCUUUCGCCGAACUGUGUAUGACCCAUCCAGAAAUAGCAUAUCAAUAUACAUUUGUAUAUAUAAGGCAAACAGCAAUACACCUGAGGAAUGCAAUGAUAGCUAAACGAAAGGAUCUUAUUCAAACCAUUUAUAACUGGCAAUUUAUGCAAUGCUUGUAUCUGUGGAGUCAGGUGAUUGCUAAGGCUCAUGGUCAUAUUUCCAGCGAAAAGGAGGAUGCUGCUGGAAUUAGGGAGCUUGAUUAUCCAUUAUGUCAGGUUGUGAUCUCCGCAAUGAAACUUUUUCCAUCAUUGAAAUAUUUCCCACUCCGACUUCAUUGCCUUCGGAUACUACUUAUUAUACAACAGAAUUGUCACACGUAUAUUCCAACUCUACCACUAGCUGUUGAGCUUGAUAGUUCUCCUAAUGCUUUGGUGCUUCUCCGAUUGGCUUUCGCAGCUUUUAAUAUUUUGAAUUAUCUUUGUUUCGAUGAUUUUGAGUAUUGUUGCUACUCUUCUACAUUUACUGAUGACUUUUGGAAACAUAAAGAUUCAGGAGAUCAUAAGUUACUAUCUGAUGCACUUCUAAUGCUGAAAAAGAAACCCAUGAAAGCAAAAGGAAUGCAGAAAAACAUCGAUAUGAGAUGUACGCUUAAGGUUUCCGCAGCACAUAUUGGUGAUGUUGGAUUUCGCCAAGCAGCUUUGGAAGAAUUAUUCAGGAUAAAUCUUGAAGCAGCUCACACCGUACAACGGAGCUGUGCCUUUGCUGACAUUGUCAUUCCUAUAAAUCAUGAGAUUAAAGCGUUCGUCAAAAAUUGUCGCAAUACAGAGUUUUCGCGACUUUUCAAAUUGUUGGAAACAAAGUUACAGGAGCAGGCUGUUUAUGCAAGAGGAAUUUUGAAUAGUACUGAUGUUGAUUUAACCAAUAAAGCAUUAAUGAAACACUUGGAGAGGCGCUUUCAAGCUCCAGAUGCUCCGCUGACAAAAUUUUAUGAUUCAUGGCAAAAGAUGUGGAAACUGAAAGACGAUGCAAGAAAUCUGGCGGAUACAAAAGUUAUGCAGCAACCGUCUCAUCCAAAUCCUGGACAGAAUGCUACAUCAGUAAUGAAAACGAAAUCAUCAAUUGUGAUGAAAGCCGAUAAAAUAGGAGUCAAAAAGAGCAGCGUGAAGCGAACAAAGCGAAAAUCUGAGAGAAGUGUAUUGACUAAUAAAGGUGACGAGGAUAUUCUAGAAGAUUUAAUGCUUUCUGAUGCUGAAGACUGA